UCCAAAGCGAAGAGUCAGAAAGAGAGUGAGAGAGAAAGAGAGGUGUGUGCGUGUGUGUGUGUGUGAGUGAGAGAGAGAGAGAGUGAGUGCGUGCACUCCUGGCAUCCCCACCCUCAUCGAUCUGUGUUGUGUGUGCACCGAGGUUAUACGAGAGCCAAGAGCAUCCCUCUCAAUUCACUUCAUUGUCGAGACUCGGCCCCACUCUUCCAGGAAUGAGCAGCCCUGAUGCUGGUUACUCCAGUGACGACCAAAGUAGAUGCAACAUGGCGGGGAUGUUGCCGGGGAUGGGAGCCUGUCAGUGGGUUGAAUCCAUGAGUUCUCUGGGGGACUCCAAGGUCGGCAGCAGCGGCGGCGGCGGCGGCGGCGGCGGGGAUCAGGUGGGCAAUGCCGGGAGCGGGGGCAGAGCCAAGGCUGAAGCCAGGAUCCGCCGACCCAUGAAUGCCUUCAUGGUGUGGGCGAAAGACGAACGCAAGAGGCUCGCUCAGCAAAACCCUGACCUGCACAACGCCGAGCUCAGCAAGAUGCUGGGUAAAUCGUGGAGAGGACUGUCCAUAGCAGAGAAAAGGCCGUUUGUGGAGGAGGCAGAGCGGCUCAGGAUCCAACACAUGCAGGAACAUCCCAAUUACAAGUACCGGCCCCGGAGGAGGAAGCAGAUCAAGAGAAUCAAGCGGGUUGACACGGGGCUCCUGAUGCACAACCUCUCGGAGCAGCACCUGGGCGCUGAGGGGCGCCUUUACAGCCCAAAUCUCAACCUGACCUACCACGACAGCGGCUACUGUGUCCCAAACCAGAUCGCUCAGCUCGGCCACUACAGAGAGCCGCAGGUCAUCGCUACCAACGUGGACAGCUACGGUUUGCCCACGCCAGAGACCUCUCCUUUGGAUGUCCUGGAACCAAAUUCCGUCUUCUUCCCUCCUCACCUGCAGGAAGAUUGCCAGAUGAUGCCUUACGCCGGGAACAACCCGGGUUACCCCCACCCCCACCAGCACCCCGACUACUCCGCUCAGGAAAACCACGCCGCCGCCUUGUUUUGCCGGCACAGGGGCGAGCCGGGUGGCUCCCAGGGCGAUGGGAUGGGACAGGAAGGUGGCUUCCACGGGAUGAUCGGCUCUUGCCACAACGUGGUGGCCAUGUACUACAGCCAGAUGUGCUCUGCCGGCGGCCAGCGAGCGCAGCCCCCGCCGCCCGUGCAUGUGGGACAGCUCUCUCCGCCCCCCGAGGCUCACCCCGUGGAGACCCUGGAGCACCUGAGCCAGGCUGACCUGCUGGCCGACGUGGACCGCACCGAGUUCGAGCAAUACCUCAGUACGGUUUCGCGAGGCGAUCUGUCGGGACUCCCUUAUAACGCGCCGGAGGCUAUCGCAAACGGGAUGUCCUCUGCAGACAGCAACCUGAUUUCCUCUGUGCUUUCCGACGCCAGUAGUGCCAUGUACUAUUGCAAUUUCACUUCCGCAUAGGGGGCUAUCUUGUUUAUACAUAUAUGUAUGCAUAUAUAUCAAAAAAAAACAUAUGCAUACGUAUAUAAAUAAAAGGAACUGCACAAAAAUAUCGGAUCAGUAUUAGUUUUUUUAAAUGAAAAAAAAAUUCACUUGUCUUUAUAAAACAAAUUGGAAUUGUCCUCAGGGUGUUUCUUGUUAAAAAAAAAUGUUGCCUGAUAGAAAAACAAUUCUUAUUUAUGUUUUGUAAUAUUUAAAAAAAAAUGUUCCUCUUUUUGCUUUUCGGAUCGUGCUUCAGAUCAGUACUAACGAGGGUCGGUUUUUUUUAUUUUGGGGUUUCCAGACUGCAAUGGGACUCCCCACCAAAAAAUUGUGUUACACGUUUUUUAAUGAAAUAAAAAGGGAAUUAAUUUGUACAGCUAGCGUCUUCCAAUUUUUUUUUUAAAAAGGGCAGCUUAUCUGCAAGUUUGUACCGAAUGAGCAUUGCUUUUGCAAUCACUAUGUAAAUAUUUAAUUUCGUAAGAAAAACUUUUUGAGAAUGUUUUGUAUUUUUUUUGCAGUUUUAUUUAGCUAAUAAAAUGGU